GACACCGCCAUUAGUUAUCAAAGUAACGACGAGACAACCGGGAGUAAGAAGGCUGACUAGGAGCGUCAGAACUGGUAACAUCAGCGGUUAUACAUAGCUCUCGGUUUGUCGUAGUCUUAAACGAACAACAACCUGCUGGCUCCCAUAAGUAGCCAAACGGUUGUUUUGUUUUUAUUUUGAUACCAAUUGCUAGCCAAGCGGCUACCAUCAUGGAUUUUUAAGGCGGUUAUGCGGCGAAACUAAUGCAUCGGCAUGCAUCGUGCAAGGAAAAACAGACUCCGAAACUCCAUCUUCACAACUGCCAAGCAGUUGGGCUCAAAUACCGUCCGCGGUAUCACCGUGAGCCAACCUAUACCACUCCUCCUUGACCGAAGGAAGCUAACAUUAGCUAGCUAGUAAUUUACGUUAAUAAAUUGAACCAUCAUUCCACAUCUUGAACCACCGGCACCGAUUCUUUUGAACGUCAAUACCAAGGCACCCCUGAUCACAAUGAAACCUCAAGAUAUCAUUGCGGGUAAGACCAGUCUGUGGAUCUUCGGGUACGGCUCUCUGGUAUGGAAGCCUGAUUUUAAGUAUAGGAGAAGCCAGGUCGGCUACAUUCAAGGCUACAAAAGACGCUUCUGGCACGGAGACAAUUUCCAUCGUGGAAAUGACGACAAACCCGGAAGAGUGGUGACGCUCAUUGAAGAUGAUGACGCAACCACUUGGGGCGUGGCCUUUGAGGUGACAGGCUCACAGAUAGAGGAGUCACUCAAUUACCUGAACGUACGCGAGGCAGUGCGCGGAGGUUACAUCACUAAGAUGGUUGAUUUCAUCUCUAAGGAUGAGACAGAGGUCCACCAGGCCCUCCUCUACAUCGCUACCCCAGACAACCCUCUCUUCCUUGGGCGUGCUAGCCAUGAGGAGAUUGGAUACCAGAUAGUCACCAGCCAGGGGAAGACUGGCCACAACCUGGAGUACCUCCUUCGCUUGGCUAAGUUUAUGAGGAAGAGCUGCCCUCACGUGAAAGAUCGACACCUGUUCUCUAUUGAGGCUGUUGCCCGAGCCCUAAUACCCUAUCUGCUAGGUGCCAAUUCACUCAAACCCUUCGAUCUGUCUACUAGGUCUGAUAAUGCUAUCCGAUUAACGGUCAGUCACUCCUAAGCUGAAGUUGUAUAAAGGCUGCAAUUAAGCGUCUUGUGUUCUGUCUGUGAAAUGUUGGUGUGGUGUAACGCAGAAUCUUAUUCCAUCCACUUUACCGGGAGCCAUACAGAAGUAACAUGAGUAAAGAGGUUAUGAAAAGGCCAACAGUUUAUUUUUCUCAACACUAGCAUACAGAUUGUAGUCACUUAAAUGUCAACCUGAAAGUGAUGGAGUUAAUGUUGAUGCAGUCUUUGCUGGCAUUUUAACACCCAACUGUUAAUUUUCAUUGUCCAUUAAUAUACGCUACAUCUGAACUAUUGGCAUUGAAUUAUCAGCUGGCUGCUGUGAUGUCACGCACUAUACAAGGUUGUUCUCUGUCACUCAUAACCGCAUAUUCCAAUAAACUGUACAAAAUGGA